CUGUCUGCAGUCUCUGGUCAUUCCCUGCACUGUCCGCAGUCUCUGGUCAUCCCCUGCACUGUCCGCAGUCUCUGGUCAUCCCCUGCACUGUCCGCAGUCUCUGGUCAUCCCCUGCACUGUCCGCAGUCUCUGGUCAUCCCCUGCACUGUCCGCAGUCUCUGUCUCUGGUCAUCCCCUGUACUGUGUCCGCAGUCUCUGGUCAUCUCCUGUACUGUGUCCGCAGUCUCUGGUCAUCUCAUGUACUGUGUCCGCAGUCUCUGGUCAUCUCAUGUACUGUGUCCGCAGUCUCUGGUCAUCUCAUGUACUGUGUCCGCAGUCUCUAGGCAUCUCAUGUACUGUGUCCGCAGUCUCUGGUCAUCUCCUGCACUGUGUCCGCAGUCUCUGGUCAUCUCCUGCACUGUGUCCGCAGUCUCUGGUCAUCUCCUGCACUGUGUCCGCAGUCUCUGGUCAUCUCCUGCACUGUGUCCGCAGUCUCUGGUCAUCUCCUGCACUGUGUCCGCAGUCUCUGGUCAUCUCCUGCACUGUGUCCGCAGUCUCUGGUCAUCUCCUGCACUGUGUCCGCAGUCUCUGGUCAUCUCCUGCACUGUGUCCGCAGUCUCUGGUCAUCUCCUG